AACGGUGGAAAGGCAGAAAUGGGAUCCUGUUUGUGGAGUGCGUGGAAGAUGCGGGGCCCAUCCAAGGAAAUGGCCUUUUCUUCCCUCCUCUCCUCAUUUUCCUCUCCUCCCGUCCUCCGCCUGACCUCAGCCAGACCCAAAUUUCUUGCCGGAAUCUGGCCGAAUCCGCGGUCGUGGUUCCAAUGGAAGCCCACAGGGAGAGCUCGGAGCCCGCCCCCGAGACGGCGUCAGCUGCAUCCGCGGCCGCGGCCGCGGCCGCAUCGGUGCUCGGUGACGACGACCUCCUUCGCGAGAUCCUCCUCCGCCUCGGCCUCCCCACCGCCCUCGUCCGCGCCGCCGCCGUCUCCAGGCGCUGGCUCCGCUGCGCCUCCGACCCCGCCUUCCUCCGCCGCUUCCGCGCGCGGCACCCGCCCCGCCUCCUCGGCUUCUACGUCAACACCGGCGACGCGCAGCGCCUGCGCUUCGUGCCGCUGGCGCGGGACCCCGAGCUUGCCGCCGUCGUCCGCCGUGGGAGCUUCGAUUUGGGUGAAGAAGCCGGAUCCGUGCGGGACUGCCGCAACGGCCGCGUCCUCGUCUUCGUUGGCCGCAAAUACGUCGUGUGCAGCCCACUGCACCCUGGGCGGGGCAAUGACAACCUCCCAGAGCCCCCGUUCCCGCCCGAAGCUUACACCCUCCUUUAUUACUUGAAUGACUUCUUGUUCUAUGAGAACACUGAUGACAGCGUGUCGUGCACUUCGGUGACGGUGAUGUGCUCUCCGCGGCAAGCAUGGGUGCACCUGUCCGACUUACAAGCCGGAGUCUGGGGUGAAGGACGCUACUCAGGCAUGAUAGAUCUACCAGUACCAGGAACAUUGAGGGGAUGCGAUCACCAUGAGUUGUUUUCCAAUGGGAAACUCUACAUGAUGUGUCUGCCGCAUCACAUUGUUGGGUUCGAUUUGCCCUCUAUGAGCUCUUUCUGUAUUGAACUCCCAGACGCAGUGCAGUAUGAGUAUCUUGAAAACAUUGGGCUGUCCUGUGCCGAGGGAUCAGGAAUUUUCCUCAUCCACUUGAAGGGAUUUCAGAUUUCUGUUUGGCUCUACAGAACGGAUUGCAGCAGUAUUGGCACUUGGAAGCUAAUUGAUACGAUUUGUCUGCAGCAGGCAUUUCGUCACCUUGCAGAGCUCACAUGGGAUUUGCUGCCUGAUGUUAUUCGUGUGGCUGCAGUCGGGGACAAUGCCGACUUUGUGCUCUUGCGGAUAGAUCAUAAACUCUACUACAUGCAUAUUUCAAGCAGAACAGUGGAGAUGGUAUAUGAGGCGAGUCCAGGCCAUGGUUCCUUGUAUGGGGUCUAUCCAUUUAUGAUGCCUUGGCCUCCCACCUUCCCAGCACUGAAUGGUGGACAUGAUCAUGAUCAGUGAUCCUGCAAGAUUCACUUAUGAUGCCUUGGCCUCCAGAAUUGAAUGGUGGACAUGAUCAUGAUCAGUGAUCCUGCAAGGUUUGUCUCAAGUGAAUGGGAUGGGAUCAUUUCAAGCUAUGGGUUCAUGAUGUCCUUCUGUUCCUAUCCUGAUGUAAUUUAGAUGGAUGAAAAAUGUUAUAUGUGAUUAUCUGA